UUCCUUGCACUCAUCGCUUCUCUUUCAGAUGCGGUUCAUCCGCUGCUUUCCACUAUCACUUCUCCAACUAAUAGUUGUCUGACGCCCAUUUGUGCCAACAGCAUCACCCAUUCUGAUGACAAUGGCACAAACAGCGUUUCUUGCUCCAAUUCAGUCAGCACCGGCAUCGAAGAUAUAUCACAUAGUUCAACUAGUAAGCUGAAUCGUGAUAGGCUUGCUAACCACAUCCAGACGUCUACCUGUGCUACCAGCUCUGAUACGAUAAGUUGUGGAGGUGCGGACCCAAGUACAUCUAGUGAGAUUUCAAUUUCAAGUCACCUCUCAACUGCGGUGACUGAGGUAGCCAACAAAGCAUCUUCUGUAACGAGUACCACGAGCAGCAGCACUAGUAACACAGCCUCUUCCCUCUGUCUUGUGGGCUCAUUGACCGGCAGCAACAACAGCCCCUCCAUUUCUGCCGCUUAUUCCUUGGGAGAUGAUUCUUGUCAUUUGACAACUCAUUUCUAUCCAAUCUAA